AUGUAUAUGCCUUAUCCUUUUGUCUGUUUGCUAAUAUGUGUUGAACUUACUUCUACAGUUUUUUCUCUUCAACUUAUCUGGUCAGCUGAUUCAAUUCAUCUAUCAAACCAUGCAACAAGUAUACCUACAACAACCAAAAGGCCACAUAAGCCUGUAGAACCAUCAAAAAGCACUCUGGCAUCGGUAGACAUUCGAACUUAUUUUCCUGAAACAUGGCUUUGGGAAUUACAAGCUAUUGGAGAGGAUGGGCAAACGAUUUUCAAGCGUCACCUUCCUCAUACUAUAACAGAAUGGAUUGGUAACGCUGUUUGCAUGGAUCGAAACAGAGGAUUAGGGGUCAGCAACAUAACCAGUGUCGUUGGUUUCCAGCCGUUCUUCCUUUCCUUCACCAUACCUUACUCCAUUAUUCGAGGGGAGAUAGCCCAACUGGCUGUUACCAUUUUCAACUACUUAUCAGAAUGUAUACCUGUUAGAAUAUCUCUUGAUGACAGCCAAGAUUUUAUGAUUAUUGGCGCCUCCACAGAGAAAGAGUUCUGUGUCUGUGGAAAAGACAGCUACACAUAUCCUUUCAAAAUUCGAGCGAAAACUCUGGGACUUGUCAAUCUUACCGUUGGAGCCCAGAACAUAGAUAACAACGACCUCUGUGAGAACAAAAUUACAACAUCUCUCAAAGCUGCGGAUGCCAUAACACGACAUUUACUGGUCGAGGCAGAAGGUUUUCCUAAAGAAGAAACCAAAACAACGUAUGCUUGUCUGAAAGAGCUUCAAACUCAACAGUAUAUGGAAAACUUUGAAUUAAAACCACCAAGCAACGUGGUACACCAAUCAGCGCGUGCAUUUGUUGCUGUAUCUGGGGACCUCAUGGGCCCAGCUCUUAACGGACUAGAAAGUCUUGUGCGUUUACCUGUUGGAUGUGGAGAACAAAACAUGAUCCUUUUCGCGCCUAACAUCUUCGUUUUGAACUAUCUCACAUCAACUAAUCGUGUUACUGAUGACCUGAAAACUAAAACCAUAAAUUUCAUGCAAACUGGCUAUCAGAGAGAACUGAAAUAUCGUCACCAAGACGGUUCUUAUAGUGCAUUUGGUGAAAGAGACAAAGAAGGUAGUCUUUGGUUGACGGCUUUUGUAGCUAAAUCCUUUUAUCAAGCAAAGAAAUUUAUCACUAUCGAUGAUACGGACUUGGAGAAAACGUAUAAUUGGAUCGUCAAACAGAGACGAGAGGAUGGCUGCUUUCAUUCAGUAGGAAAUGUGAUACAUCAAGCUAUGAAGGGUGGAGUUGAAGGCAGUGAUCAAGCCCUGACAGCUUAUGUUUUGACUUCUUUAUUGGAAUAUGGAUACUCUACGAACGAUCCUGUCAUCUUGUCUGGCUUCUCAUGUAUAAGAAGCAUUGAAUCUUACCCUACCUACCUUCUAGCUUUGAUGGCUUAUGCUGUUUCUUUGGCAAACUUACCACAGAAUGAGUACUUGGAGCAGCUCGAAGAAAGAGCCGAAAUUAGAGGUCACAUGAAAUUUUGGAAGACCGACAAGGAUUCUAAGCCUAACUCUAUGGACAUUGAAAUUGCAAGUUACGCUUUGUUAGCCUUAAUGACAUCAAAAGGACAGGAUGCUGUGGGAAACGCCCAACCUAUUGUUCUUUGGCUAACAUCGCAAAUCAAUUCUCAAGGAGGAUUUAUGUCAACCCAGGUUUGUAUAGUUAAAGUGAACUUGAAGAUGCAACAUUUAAACUUGGAUCUAUAG